UGUCACAAGAAUGGCUCAGUCCUGUCUUAAGAUCGUUCGACUAAACAAUCUCAAGAACAGAGUGAACCGUCGGAUUUUGAUCCUCCGUCGAUUCACGCGUCUUCUCUGGAGCAGAAUCGUCGCUUGCGCUCCCAGAAAAUCACGGAGAUAUCUUUUGCUGUCACGCGCCGCCACUCCUUCUCCCUCUGUCUCUCGUCCUCAACCUCCUCCGAUCACCUCCCUUGAUGCCUCUGGCGGUGAGGCCGUACGCCGCAUAUCGGUACACGAACACGAUAAUAGUCACCGGAGAUCGGAUUCUGAUCUGGUUUCUCUCAAAAUCAGCCUCUUAGGAGAUCCCGAGAUCGGAAAAACUUGCUUCCUGGCCAAAUAUGUUGGUGAAGAUAAAGAAGUUGAAAUGAGAAUAUUGGACAAAGGGAUCAGUUGUACGGACAAGAUGUUAACCAUGGGAGGUGCUCGCAUCUCCUACAGUAUCUGGGAACUAGAAGGAGCUGAGAGAUCACGGGAUCUAAUACCCACAGCUUGCAAGGACUCUGUAGCUAUUCUCUUCAUGUUCGAUCUAACUAGUCGUUGCACACUUAACAGUGUAAUCAGCUGGUAUCAACAAGCUAGAAUGUCUAAUCAGACGGCGAUUCCAGUUAUGGUAGGAACCAAAUUUGAUGAGUUCAUUCAGCUUCCUAUUGAUCUUCAAUGGACUAUUGCUAGCCAGGCGAGAACCUACGCGAAGGCGCUAAACGCGACGCUCUUCUUCUCGAGUGCUUCAUACAACAUCAACGUAAAUAAGAUCUUCAAGUUUGUCACGGCGAAGCUCUUCGACUUACCAUGGACUGUGGAGCGGAAUCUCACCAUUGGAGAACCACUCAUUGACUUCUAGCAUCUUCCAAAACAUAUAUGUAGGUAUAUAUAUGUUUCAUUCACCACCGCCUUGUGAUUGAUCGGACCACCGUUUCUAGCCGUCUAUAAAGCAUGGAGACAUGAUGCGGCGGAGAUUUCGCCCGCAUUCUUCAAUAUUAUAUGUUUCUUUCAAAACAAACAUCAAGAAAAAAAAAAGAAAAAGGUAUUGAGAGAAAAGUGGCAAGAGCAGAAAAAAAGAGAAGUCAUGAAUUUUUUCUUGAUUCUUUUGUAAUCUUUCUAAUUUCGAUAACCACCGGAGACAUUUGGUUCCAGUAAAUUAUAAAUAGUGUUCUAGUUUUUUUUUCUA